GCCAGCUUGAAGUCACAGCUGAGUGAGGACCCUACCUGAGGAGCGAUCAGAGCAUCGUCAGAAGAAAGUCAUCAAGAUGGGAAACUGCUGUGAAAGAGCUGGAAAUUUCUUCGGCCCGCAGAACAACACCUAUAUACGUGUUAGUUUACCGGCUGUGUGCUUCGUCUGGCAGAUUGCUAUGGUUAUUCUCUUUGGAGUUUUUAUCCGGUAUGACGAGGAAUCGGAUGAAAAAGGAUGGCAUGAGUUCAAAAGGAGUCAUAACAUCACCAGCAACAUUGAGAAUGACUUCUACUUCAGAUAUCCAAGCUUCCAGGACGUCCAUGUCAUGAUCUUUGUAGGCUUCGGCUUUCUCAUGACUUUCCUGAAGCGCUACAGCUUCGGUGGCGUGGGAUUUAACUUUCUAAUCGCCGCCUUUGGUCUACAGUGGGCUCUCCUCAUGCAAGGUUGGUUCCACAGUUUGGACCCCGUCACUGGAAAAAUUACCAUCGGAAUUGAGAGUCUGAUUAACGCUGACUUCUGCUGUGCUGGAUCUCUGAUCGCCUAUGGGGCUCUCCUGGGGAAAGUAAGCCCUGUCCAGCUGAUGAUUGUCACCUUAUUUGGUGUCACACUUUUUGCUGUGGAGGAAUACAUCAUCCUUGACCUCCUUCAUUGCAGAGAUGCUGGUGGCUCCAUGGUCAUUCACACCUUUGGAGGGUACUAUGGUUUGGCCAUCUCCUGGGUGCUGUACCGACCAAACCUGAACUUAAGUAAACGUCUCAAUGGGUCUGUCUACCACUCUGAUCUGUUUGCUAUGAUUGGUUCACUGUUCCUGUGGAUGUUCUGGCCCAGUUUUAACUCGGCCAUCACAAACCACGGUGCUGGACAGCAUAGAACAGUCAUCAACACUUACCUUUCCCUCGCUGCCUGUGUUCUUACCACUUUCGCCAUCUCCAGUAUGGGUCAAAAGAAAGGAAAAUUGGACAUGGUACAUAUCCAGAAUGCCUCUCUGGCUGCUGGGGUUGCAAUGGGGACAUCAGCAGAGUUUAUGAUCACUCCUUACGGUUCAAUCAUUGUGGGUUUCUGCUGUGGUAUCAUCUCCACCUUUGGGUACUUAUAUGUCACGCCCUUUUUGGAGAAAAGGCUCAAGCUCCAGGAUACAUGUGGCAUCCACAACUUGCAUGCCGUGCCAGGGAUGCUCGGUGGCUUCGUAGGUGCCAUAGUUGCUGCAGCAGCUACUGAAGAGGUCUACGGCAAAGAGGGGCUGGUCGAGACAUUUGGCUUGAGUGGCAAGUUUGAAAACAGGAGUAUGUCAACGCAGGGAGCCUACCAGGCUGCUGGCACAUGUGUAGCAAUUGCAUUUGGACUGGUUGGAGGAGUCUGUGUUGGUUUCAUCCUGAGGUUUCCCCUCUGGGGAGAUCCUGCUGAUGACUUUUGCUUUGAUGAUGAAGCGUACUGGGAGCUUCCUGAGGAUGAAGAGACAAUCCCUCCUGUUUUGGAAUACAACAACCACAUGAUAAACAAGCACCAAGACACACAUGAGUCACAAUUCUCUCUGGAGGAAAGUUAGAGACUUGCAGCAGGAGUCCAGUCCCCUUUAUAUCCUCAUGAACUUUAUGCAGCUGAUAAACAUGAACUGAUGAAGGAGCUUUGGAAAAUAAGCCACAUGAAAAUGUUUUAAUAUACAAGUAUUGUUUUGCACAAUUUAUGUCUCAUGUAGUUGCCUAUUAUCAACUAUUAGAAGCUUUAAGUUAAAACAACAUAAAAUAAUCAGUAAAUGUCCAAUUAAACAAAAUAUUAUUU